AUGACUGCCUCAAUUUCAUCAGCCAUCAUUGCUUGUUUGAAGUCGUUCAACGACUUCAUCCAGGAGAUCAGACUUCUUCAGAAUGCGAGUGUAGCAGGACUUGAUAUUGGUACCUGGGAUGACGAAUUGGGCCGCCUACGUAUAUGGGCUGCGAACAUCGGCGCUCACCAGACCGGUCAAUCGUCUCUAGAUUUCCGGCUCAGAGAUGCAUCGCACGUCCGCGAGCAGAUCGUAAAGCUUCUUCAGGGCUUACUCCGGAAACUUCAGGACGCGAGGGAUGUGCUGGCCGAGGAUGAAGAGAGCGAGGAUGAAGGAGAUGCAGAUGAUUUCAUGGAUGAGGAGGACCCCAAGACAGAAAUCCAGGAGCUCCAAGCAAGUCUUGCGACUACCCUCGACUGUCUUUUUCAGAUGUCAAUGCUGGUUCGAAAGCCAGCGCAGCACGAUGUGCAUCUAGGAUCAAAACGCGCUGACGUUGCCGCGUUUGAGCCAUUCGACUACAACCACGUCAGGGAGAAAUACCCUAGGGCGGACGAUGCACUCGUGAAACGCCUUGGGAAAGCUAUCACUCGUAGGCGCAAAUAUCUGAGAUACCGCGAAAGGCAUGCUAUCAAACUCAGGCAAGGCAUUGACGAUUUCGAUCCGGGGGCUCGCGAGUUUCAGGAUGUCUACGAGGGCGAAACCAGGAAAGAAGGCACUACAAGCUUCAUGUCCGAUACUGUCGCUACAGAUUUUCAACAUCCGAAUAUUGACUUUGACGACAACACCUCGGAAACGGGUAUAUCACAAACCUCCUAUGCGCCAACCCUACUCAGUGGAGGGAAUAUCGCUAUUCCUCCGCCUCCUAAAAGUUCUUUGGGAGGAAAUCCCUUUGAGUGCCCUUAUUGCUUCUAUCUCGUUACUGUUCAUGGAACUCGCUCAUGGAACAAGCAUGUCUUCCAAGAUCUACAGCCAUAUAUCUGCAUAGCCCCAACAUGCGCGACUCCGGACAAGCUGUACACGACAAGACAUGAAUGGAUACACCACUCAGAUAUGGUUCAUCCAGCAGUGACGAUGGAUGAUGGCACACCAAAAGAAGGUCAGGGGUUUGCCGCCUGUCCUUUGUGCAUGGAAGAAAUCGAACCAGGGAAGCAAUACCAUCGUCACCUUGCUCGUCAUUUACAGGAACUUGCUCUAUUCAUUCUGCCUGGCGGUGAGGAAAACUCUGACGUUAGCGAGGACCAGGAUGCUGAGUCGAGUUCAAGCGCCGAGAGCGUCGACCUCGCGGCAUCUCAUGAUAGGUCGGAGUCGCCAGAUGGUCUACCGGAUUCUCCGGUCGAGCACCCGGCUGCAAUCGAGAAAUUUCUCUCUCCGUUUUCGACGCAAGAGCUGAAUGAGAAGGAGGAGAAUUUUCGAAUGCAAAUUACGGAGAGCCGAAGGCUACUAGGAGAAGACCAUCCGGAAACGCUGACCAGCAUGCACAAUCUGGCAUGGAUAUAUCAAGGAUAA